UUAUGCUUCAGGUGGGAUGUAUGGCAUGCCUCCACUAAUGGACAGGUAUGGCAUGGGAAUGCAUAUGGGUCAUGGACCAAUGGGGCCAUCAAGACCUAUACCAUAUCAUGACGAGGACUUCCAAAAGAAGCCUGCAGAUGCAAGACAUGACAACGAUUGGAUUUGCCCAAAUUGUGGUAAUAGAAAUUUUGCCUUCCGAAAUAUUUGUAACAUGAGGAAAUGCAAUACUCCGAGGCCUGGAAAUCAGGCUACCAAAUCUGAAAAUUUAAAGGGUUCUAAGCCAAAAAUGCCAGACGGAAGCUGGAAGUGUGAAAAAUGCAACAAUAUAAACUACCCAUUCAGGACCAAAUGCAACCGCCAAAACUGUGGCGCAGAAAGACCUUCUGAGGGAAACGAGGCUCGUGGAGUAACAUCUGAUGAGGAUGAACAGUGAGUCCUAAAACAAAUUGUCUGGGUCGAGAAGGUUCAGUUCAGUCAUCAUCGGCGUCACAUGUCUCAGAGGUCGGUCCGUCCGUCCGUCCGUCUUUUGUCAAGUUGUCUUGAUGGUUGUUGAGUUUCUCUACAUACUUAUCACCAUUUGAUGUUAGUCUGUCAAUUCGCAAGUGGUGAGUUGUCAUUAGUACUUUGUGCAACUGUUAGAUGAUGGUGGUUCUUGGUUUGGUUGUCCCAUGGUUGCAGGACCAGGUAGACUCUUUUUAACUUUUUAAGUUGAAGUUUGUCCGUUCCAUUAUAUUGCCUAGACCAUUAUGUAUUGUGUGCUUAUGGUUCAGUAAAUCUGAAUCAAUUGGUGAUCUAACCGUUAGAUAUUUGGAGUGUCUUUGUUGGUGUUAAACCAGAUUUUUUUCAGUGUCAUGCGUUGGUACAGCUUCUAUUUCAUACAGUUGGGAUAUUAUCUUUA